CCGGCUGCUUGCUAUUCGCGAAGCCUGGGCGUGCGCUUUGGCGGCCCUGACUGCGCCGCACUACGCGACUGGGCCCCGACUCGAAGUAAGUGUGUUUCUCUCUUACGGUGUAGUUCGAUUGCGGAGCACGUUUCGUUAAAAGUUUUUAAAAAAUGUUAAAAUUACUACUGAUCAACUAAAGGAAAAAAAUUACAACAAACUCAAUGAUUAAGAAUCUUCUGCCACUCACCACUCCCAACUCGAAAGAAGUAUAAUGUGUGAUACAGCUGUACCCCCUCAGUACCCAAUCUGUGAAACUGAUAAUGGUGGACACAAAAAGUGCAUCAUAUUGCCAAAAAAGAAUUCAUUAACGACGCUAGAAGGGCGUUUGGAAACCUUCAAAACUUGGCCGAAUAAAGAAGUGGACCCUAGAAAACUAGCUGAAGCAGGUUUUUAUUAUACUAAACAUGAGGACAUCGUCCGCUGUCCCUUCUGCUUCGUAGAGGGCUAUAGGUGGCAAGCUGAAGAUAAUCCAAUGGAUGAUCAUCUAAGGUGGACACGGGAACAGAGAAGGCAAUGUACUUUUGUUAGUGAUAGGAGAAGUGAGCAUGAUGAUGCAGUGAGUGAGGAUAGCACAAACGGAAGAGACACUUGCGGAAAAUACGGUGUGGAAAUUUUACCUUGUUCUAUUCCAGAGGACAAAAACGUGAAUUUAGAAAAGUUAGGUGUUACUAAAGUGAAAGGACCGGCUCAUCCCGAAUACGUUUUGCAACAAUCCCGAUUGGAAUCGUUUAAACAGUGGCCGAAAUCUCUCAGACAAAAACCGGAGGAUUUGGCCAGUGCCGGAUUCUUUUACCUCGGUUGCGGCGACCAGGUUUUGUGCUUCCAUUGCGGUGGCGGUUUGAAGGAUUGGGAAGAAAACGACGAACCAUGGGAGCAACAUGGCAUGUGGUUCCCCAAGUGUAGUUAUUUGUUAUUAAAAAAGGGUGUAGAAUACGUGAAUAAACUAAAAGAAGAAACUAGAGAGACUGAGGAUAUAACUUUGCCUAGUACGAGUGGUAGUUUAAACACAGUAGAAACCAAAGUUCCACAAUCUACUACAGUUAGUGAAAUCAAGUCUGAUUCUGAUAAAAAUAACGAAAAGAGCAGUGAACAGGACCAUCACUUGUGCAAGAUUUGCUUUAAAAACGAAUUGGGUGUCGUGUUCCUGCCUUGCGGUCAUAUAGUUGCCUGUGUAGAUUGUGCUUCAGCCCUCAGCACUUGUGCUGUCUGCCGAAAGCCUCUGGAAGCAACUGUCAGAGCGUUCCUAUCGUAAACUGUACUGCUAGUCAAAUUUAAAAUUGUUUUAUUACUAAAUGAGAAAACAAAUAUAUAUUUUUAUACAAAAAAGCAUUUUUUACUACUGACUUUAUAAGUACAAAUCUAGGUACAUUUAUUUAUCUGCUAAUACGCUUUUUAGUUUUUAAUCUUUUUGAAGCGCUUUUAAUUUGACUGCAAGUUUAAACUUAAACAGUGUGAAUUUUGUUAGGGAACCCCUGACAUGUAUGUUAGUUAUCCCAACAUGUAUGUGUGUGUGUAUAUAAAUAAAUAUAUUAAUU